CUCCCUCACUCCACUCCCUCUCCCUCUCCCUCUCCCAGCGCAAAUUUGGAAGGACGCGACCCGACCCGACCGAGGAGUCAAGAGGGGGGAGCGCCGCGCAGUCGGUGGAGGCAACAACGGUUACUGCCUGCCUUCGUCUUCCCAGCCAAGAUUUGAGAGGAGGCGCAAGGGGGGGAAGGAGGCGGCGGCUGACUGAUCGAUCGGCCGGCCGGCCGGGGAGGCGCGCCGGCGAUGGGCUGCUGCCAGUCGAGGCUGGAGCGCCAGGAGGCGGUGUCGCGCUGCAAGGCGCGCCGCCGCUACACCAAGCACCUCGUGCAGGCGCGCCGGGACAUGGCCGCCGCCCACGCGCUCUACCUCCGCUCCCUGCGGGCCACCGGCGCCGCGCUGCUCCAGUUCGCCACCGCCGAGGCCGACAACCCGCACCCGCGCCCGCCCCACCACCAGCGCCACCAGCCGCCGCCCUCCGCGCCGCCGCCUCCGCCACCGCCGCCGCCGCCCCCGCCGCUCAGCCCCGCGCGGACCGCCAGCUCCUGGACCACCACCACCUCCUCCACCAUCAGCGCCUCGCAAAUCCUGCCGCCCCCUCCGCCCCCGCCGCCGCCGGCCCCAAUGCCGUCCAGCUGGGACUUCUGGGACCCCUUCGCGCCCUCCUCCUCCCGCUCCCCCGCCGACGCCGCCGUCGACUGGGACGACGCCGCCACCUCCCUCGCCGAAUCCCCCCGCGCCGCGCCGCCGCCGCCCGUCGUCGUCACGGCCAAGGCCGCCCAGGCCCAGCCCCCGGCCCCGUCCGUCGUCACCACCACCACAUCCACCGCCAGCGAGCUCACCGUCGUCGCCCUGCCCCGCGGCGGCGGCGGCGGCGGCGCGGCAGGGAAGAAGGACCUCGCCGAGAUCGCCACCGAGAUCGACGAGUACUUCCUCAAGGCCGCCGACGCCGGCGCCCGCGUCGCCGCGCUGCUCGAGGCCCCAAUCUGCGAGCUCCCCAACACCAACAACAGCCUCCCAGGGAGGGUGAUGAGCUACGGCAAGAACCUGAAGCCGACGGGAUUGUCGUGGGGCGGCGCAGGAGGAGGGUACGGGAAAGGCAGCAGCAAUGGCUUCUCCAGGUUCGGGAUAGGAGACGAAGGCAUGAUGGGCAAUGGCGGAGGCAGUGGGAUCCUCAGCCACUCCUCCACCGUCGAGAGGCUCUACGCCUGGGAGAAGAAGCUGUUUCUCGAGGUCAAGAACUACGAGGGGCUUAAGCAGGAGCAUGACAAGAAGGUGGGGCUGCUGAGGAAGCAGGAGGUGAGGGGCGUGGACUACCUCAAGAUGGAGAAGAACAGGAUGGAGAUGGAGAGCCUCGAGUCCAAGAUGCUGGUGGCCACCCAGUCCAUCGACACCACCACCUCCGAGAUCAUCAGGCUCAGAGAAUCCGAGCUGUUUCCUCAGCUACUUGAGCUGGUUGCUGGCUUGAUGAGCAUGUGGAGGGGCAUGUAUGAGUGCCAUCAGGUACAGACCCACAUGGUGCAGCAGCUUGAAUACCUGACCAUGAGCAGCAACCCAACCUCCAAUGACCACCGGCAGGCGGCGCUCCAGCUCGAGAUCGAGGUGGACAGGUGGUACUCGGCGUUCUGCAGCCUGGUUAAGUCCCAGAGAGAUUAUGUCUACUCGCUGACCGGCUGGCUUCGCCUCUCCCUGUUCCAAUGCCUUCACAACCCACUCAUGAAAGACAUCCAGAACUCCGACAUCUAUAGCCUGUGCGAGGAGUGGCAGCUGGCCAUCGACCGGAUCCCUGACAAGGUGGCCUCAGAAGGGAUCAAAACCCUCCUGUCGGUGAUCCACGCUGUGGUAGUCCAGCAGGCGGAGGAGCAGAAACAGAAGAAGAGGUCAGAUGCUGCAUUCAAAGACUUUGAGAAGAAGACAGAGGAACUGCGGUCUCUGGAGUCCAAAUACGGGCCAUACUCUGCCGCAGGCUAUGGAGAGAUGACGCGGAAGACACCAGUAGCAGAGAAGCGGGCGAAGGUGGAGGCCCUGAGGAGCAGGGCGGACGACGAGAAGAGCAAGCACGAGAAGAGCGUCGGGGUGACGAGGGCGAUGACCCUGAACAACCUCCAGACAGGCUUCCCCAACGUCUUCCAGGCGAUGACAGGCUUCUCCAGUGUCUGCAUGGAGGCGUUCGAGUCGGUGUACAACUUCAAGCGGAGCUUGGACCGGGCGCUCGACAUGAAGAGGCUGCUGACCUGAUGAGAGUGGCAUUGCCUGUGGUCACUGUAUAAAAUGUAUACAGUUUGUAGGCCUGUAGUGUGAUGGUAGUAGGGCUGGAAGAGAGUUUGAUUUUACAGAGCCAACUUCAUUGGUCUGGUACCUGGUGACUAGUCUAGGCAUAGAAAUGCCUGGAGCUCGUUUACUUGCUGUAAAUGAACUCGAGGCCUUGCCUUCCUUUCUUUUUGCCUGGCUUCUACUAGCUGUUAAUCAUUCAAAAUCUGGCUGUUUUGAAGA